AAAAGGAAGUAACCGACAUCUACAACUCCAAACAACAACUACUUCUUGGCACCCAUGAAUGAGGAAAGACCGUAAGCUAAAACCACUCCAGCUGUUUAUCAGGCAAAAACAAUGAUUUUAUUGGGAGAUGAAAAGCGACAAUUUAUCUGGUUCAUAAGUUUGCUGAGUUUGCCACUGUGUGCAGAGAGUUCUAAAGUACGACUCUGGCCCACUAAGUGCGCCGGCAGAGUGGAAGUGUUCUAUGAUGGCCGCUGGGGUACAGUGUGUGACGAUCACUGGACCCAGGCUAACUCGGAGGUGCUGUGCCGUGAGGUGGGCUGUGGGCCUAUGGUGAGCUCCAAAAAAGGCACACAGACUGCAGACACGGCAGACAAAGAGAUCUGGCUGGACGAUGUCAAGUGCAGAGGCAACGAAUCUUCUAUCCUCUCAUGUCAACACAGCGACUUCGGGGACCACAACUGUGACCACUCAGAGGAUGCCGGAGUUGUUUGUUUAGACGCAAUGAGACUGACUAAUGGCACAAAUCGCUGCUCUGGGGUUCUGGAGGUCUUCCACGAUGGCCAGUGGGGCGUGCUCUGUAACAGGAACUGGCCCCCAAAUCUAGCCACAACAAUGUGCGAUCAACUUGACUGUGGACGUCCCAAAAAGACAGAUGUUACAUUUCAGAACUAUAGGGGAUACAUGAGCAGUUGUCCUGAAAAUGCAACUUCAAUUUCAGAGUGCACUCUUACAAAAAACAGUGAUGUUUGCCAAGGGAUAGCUCUUUCCUGUGAAGGUUUGAAAGAGAUCAGACUAAUGAAUGGCUCUGACCGUUGCUCUGGCAGAGUGGAGGUGUAUUUCCACAAACAAUGGGGGACAGUCUGCGAUGAUAACUGGGACAUGGCAGACGCCCAGGUGGUGUGCCGGGCCAUGGACUGUGGUGUGGCUCUAGAUAUCAAGCCCCACUCAUUCUUUGGAGGAGGAGAAGGGGACAUCUGGUUGGAUAAUGUGGAAUGUGCUGGGAAUGAAUCCACUCUGACACAAUGUGCACAUAAUCCUAUAGGUGAUCACAACUGUGGUCAUGGUGAAGAUACGGGUGUGAUCUGCUCAUCUCACAUCAGGCUGCUCAAUGGCACAACUUCCUGCUCGGGCAGAGUGGAGUUUUCUGUUGAUGGUCAGUGGUCAUCUGCCAGUAGAUCCUCCUGGGGUACGAACGAAGCUAAGGUUACGUGCCGAGAGAUGGACUGCGGAGAGGCGACGUCAUUUUCAGGAACCAAUUCUGCAAAUGAACCUUCGAGAAUGUAUGAUGUUAGCUGCACGGGCACAGAGACCUCCCUCAAAAAAUGCACAAUCAAAAAACACAACAAGACUAGUGGUGGUGUAGCUGAAGAUGCAACUGUGGUUUGUACAGGUAAAACCCUUUUGUCAGAAGGGCCCAAUCGCUGUGCUGGAAGAGUGGAGGUCUUUCACAAUGGCCAAUGGGCGGAUGUGUGCACUGACAUCUGGGACAUUAACGAUGCUCAGGUGGUCUGUAAGCAGCUCAACUGCGGCUCUCCUCAUAAAGUCAUCACCGUCUCGGGCCGGGCGGGUCAGAGUCUGUGGGCCAACCAAACCAUCUGUAAUGGACGCGAAAUGGGCUUAUCGUUUUGCUUGCAACAAUUCACAAACCAGUCCUGUGCCAGUCCCACCGUGGCAGGAGUCAUAUGUUCAGAUGGCCUGGUUGUACGGUUGAGCAAUGGUCAAGAUCGGUGUUCAGGGCGUGUUGAGGUCCUGCAUGGAAACAAAUGGGGAACAGUCUGUGAUUCAGACUGGAACCAGAACAAAGCCAAAGCAGUGUGUGACCUCCUGGAGUGCGGACAUGUGAUGAAUGUUUCCACUGGGCGCACGUACCCUGCAGGAGUCGGGCCUGUGUUUGACGCAAGUGAUGCCUGUUUCCACAGCGUGGAGUCGGUUCACCAGUGCUCAUUCAACGGGUUUCCGUCAUCAACGUGCAGGCAUGACAAGGACAUCGGGAUUGUAUGUGGAGGCGAUUCAUCCAUAAGACUUGUGAAUGGCACGGAUCGCUGUUCAGGCAGAGUGGAGAUACUAUAUCAGGCUAAGUGGGGGACCGUCUGUGAUGACGACUGGGACAUCCUAGACGCCCAGGUAGUGUGCCGUUCUAGAGACUGCGGAUCGGCGAUGAUGGCUGUACCAGGAGCCUUUUUUGGUGAAGGGGCUGGAAAUGUUUGGCUGGAUGAUGUUGCCUGUUUGGGGAAUGAGUCUUCACUUGUAAAUUGUUCGCACCCCGACCUUGGUAACAAUAACUGUGGACACGGAGAAGACGCUGGGGUCAUCUGUUCAAGUCACCUCAGACUCUUCGGCGGACCUCACCAGUGCUCGGGCAAUGUGGAGGUCUACUAUGACGGAGAGUGGUUACCUGCACUGAACACAAAAUGGGGAAUGAACGAGGCGGCUGUUGUUUGCAGAGAAAUGGGUUGCGGUGACCCGAAGACUGUUUCCGGGUCAUUUACUCAAAGGGAAGUGCAGAGGGGCUUUAAAGUCAGCUGUACGGGCAGGGAGCACUCUGUCAGCAUGUGCACAGUCAUAGCCUACACCAAGCUUAGCACUGAUCAACUUAAAUAUGCUGCUGUCACAUGUUCAGGUAUUGUGAAAUUGGUCGAUGGUCCAAACCGCUGUGCUGGGAGACUUGAGGUGUUUCACAAAGGCCAGUGGGGGGAUGUGUGUGGACAAUCGUGGGACAUGAACGACGCACAUGUGGUUUGCCAGCAGCUCAACUGCGGCACGGCCUUCAAACUCACCACUGACCCAAGCCACUAUGGACGCGGGAGGAGCGGCUUCAACGUGGAGCACAUCGAAUGCAACGGGCGAGAGUCUCUACUGCAGCAAUGCACAGUCACUCAUGGAGGAAAAGAAUGCAACUCUUCUUCAGUUGCUGCAGUCGUCUGUUCAGACAGUCUGAACAUCCGGCUGGUGGGAGGUGCUGACCGGUGCACUGGCAGGGUGGAGGUGCGUAUGGGCAGUGUGUGGGGGUCGGUGUGCGCCGCAGACUGGACCGUGGAAAAGGCUGAAACUGUCUGUGAGGUGUUAGAGUGCGGACAGGCGGUCAACGUCUCCUCGGUGCCUCACAAAACAGCAUCACCGAUGUCCGACCCUGCGCAGACCUGUUUCAGCAACACCCAGAGUUUGAAGCAGUGUUUAAACAACGGACUGCCACGGGCCACAUGUGCACAGGACAACGACGCCAGUCUGGUGUGUGCAGCUCAGAUCCGUCUGGUGGGUGGUCCGAACUUCUGCGCCGGUCGAGUGGAGGUUUUUCAUAAAGGAGACUGGGGAACUGUGUGCGAUGAUGACUGGGAACUGUUGGAGGCUAAGGUCGUGUGCAGACAGUUGGGGUGCGGCCUCCCUGUAUCCGUGGGCAAUUUCGGCAGAGGCACAGGGCAGAUAUGGUUGGACAACAUGGAGUGUAAAGGCUCAGAAGCGGUGGUGACGCAGUGUUCUCAUAACGGCUGGGGCAAUCACAACUGCGGACAUGAUGAAGACGCAGGGGUUACGUGUUUGGAUACACUUGAAAGACCCAGAAUUAUUAUGAAUUCUGGUCCUGAGGUGAUCUGGGGGGAAACAGUGGACAUCACCUGUACAUUAUCAAACCAUCAAACGAGUGGAACUUUUGCACUGAGGAAAAGCAAUGACACUUUUAGAAUGGAAAAAUACACUGAGAACCACGCAGCUGUGUUUAGUUUGUACAAAGCUAACCUCAGCCUCAAUGGUUUCUACUACUGUGAAUACCAGAAGAAGGUGUCGAGGGAAGUGAUCUACUUUCCCCAAGGAGCUGCUGUUGAACUCACAGUUACAGUGAAACCAGAAAAGCCCUCUAUCUCAAUGACAUCGUUGUACCCAAUGAUGAUUACCAGUAAAGACAACAUAUCCAUCAGCAGAGGACACAGCUGCAGCAUGACCUGUUCUGUACAUUCUGGUUUUCCUGAUGGUUUCUUCUACUUAGCCAAGUCUAAGGUUAAAGUCUCCAACUCAAAACCUGCCGUACUCCAAUCUGACCACAUGGAGGCGGUCUUUGAGUUUCCCUACAUGGAUUAUUCACACCAAGGGGAGUACAGCUGUGUCUUUGGUGUCAACAUGUCAUCACAAACGUUCGAAUCCUCUCCAUCUGGAAGCAUUCAAGUCACUGUGGCUGCCAAUAAUGCAGCUUCUAUUGCACUUGGAAUUGUGUUGACUCUCAUUCUGGUGGGAGUUCUACUGGGAGUGGGGUAUUUUGUAUGGAGGAAGAGAAGAUGGAGCACUGACAGCAUUGUUACGUUUGUUAACAGACUUGGAGGACGAUUACAAGACAUUGGAAACAAUGGAAGAGCCGGAGCUGCAGUGCCGCACAGCUUCUCAAACGUUAAUAUGGAUAUGGAUGGUAUCGAAGACGCUCCAGGCACAAUCUUCAACGACCAUGAGCCACUUGUGUAUUCUAGUUAAUUGUUUUUCGUCUGUUUUAACAUUCUAUGAUACUUGUGGAUCAUUAUGUUAUAUGUUGGACAUUUUGAAUUGCAAUAUUGAUCUGAAACAACUUAAUAAAAAAAACAAGUCCACUGACUUGGAAAAUUUCGG